UUGAUUAUUCAAAAUAUACGUUGCCAGUUUUAAGGACAAUAGGAUAUUAUGUCUCACAGGUUCAAGUGUUAAAUUGUUGAUUUGUAGUUCUCUUUGCGCUUGAAAGCCAAAAGUUUAAAUUUCGGCAAAUAUGACGGAUAAAUAUUUUCAUAAGUUGAAUAUCAGAUGAACUUAUUUUCGAGAAAAGGGAUAUUGUCAACGGCUGUGUAAUAAAAGAUGACAGACUAUACCACUGUAUUGCUGCAGCUUUGGAGGUAACUUUAUGAUGCUCGCUGAAAGUCCUACCGGGCACGAGUCCCCGCUAUUUUUCCAAAGCGAGGGCGCGAGAAACAAGAGGCUUGCUGACGUCAAACGAGGGACUGACUACUAUAAAAAGCUUGAUAACAUAGCCGAAGCGCAAUGGAAAACGAACGUUCCAACGUUCCCAGCUGUUCCGCGAAAGAUGUCUUUCCUCCCAAAAAUAACGACUUCCGUUUUAAGUGAACCGGAAUCGGAUGCACGUCGUAGUCAGAUGUUCAAUAUGACGUCAACACCACGUCAGAGUAUUUCAAUGAUGUCAGGUACCGCAAGCACUGUGACUGGGUAUGCUGGAAUUUCGAAUAGUCAAAUGAGUUUACCGUCACAUAUUUCCAGAAUUAUCCAACAUAAGCCGUCUGCUAUGGAUUCUUUGAAUGAAACGCCGCGGGAAACUGUUGAUCCUAAUUUUAAUCCAUGGGGAACCAGUUAUUCCCCUUUGGAGGACCAAACAAAACUCACCGCGGAUGAUAUGAGGCCGCGGGAAAUGCCGUUUCAGUACAGAGAUAACAGAAAAAUCGUGGUGAAACCAAUACCGCGGAAAUCGAUGCCAAUGAGCCGCGUUGCAGCUCACGAGCGCCAACGCCAUCAACGUACUGUCACGAACUUCCGGUCAAGAAACGGAACCAUUCGAAUAAUUAAACCACUGGAACCAUUGCCGGAAAUUGAAAAAUAUCACAAAAAUAUUAAGCAAGAAACUUUUGAUCUAGAAAACAUAGAACGAGAAAAAACAUUUAUGAUGUUAGAGAGAAUCGACAGAAUCUUGCAUCCAAAUAAGAAAUCGCCAAGAACGUUGUUGGGCUCAAGUGAAGAGGAAAUCCCAGGUACUUCUGAUUCUUCCGUGACUUUAGCAGACGACGGAAAAGACUUUCACGAUACUCAAGUAGUUAAUAUCAUAGACAGUUCUAGACGUGCUUCCAAAAGUCCCCCAAUGCUAAGUCCGCGGAUUACGCCGCGUAUGGAACACAGUUCGCGUUCUAAAGGACGCAAUUCUCGUUCUGAACGUCCGAAACGACCAAGAAUCCGGUUCCACAACGACCCAUUCAAACAACGACCACCAAAGACAUUCACUGACGUUCUCCAGUCCUUGGAGAUAUCCCAAGAAGACACUGACCUAAAAUGUCAAGCAUGGAUUGAUAAAUGUCUGUAAAUCCGUCAAAUUCAAAAGAUGUUCCUUUGGUGACGUACACGUUUUAGCUUAAAUACAGGUUCAGUAAAUGCAAUAGAUUUAUGGAUUUUACAUAAUAACUUAGCUUUUGACUGCGGAUAGUUCAUAAUUUGUCUAAUAGUUUUGAGAAUUAGAAUGCAGAAUAAGUCUGAUAUGACAGAAAUAUUGAAGUGCUUGUGGGACAAAAUCUGCAACGGUUCCACAAAACCCAAAAUAACGGCAAAGGAGAUAUAUUGUGGCAGCGUGUGUUUGCUAAAUAAUUCUGCCAGUGCAAGGUUUGUGUAAAUAUUGAAAACAGCCGUUUUCGAGGAAAUAAACUGGGUUUUUUUAUGACUGAAUUCGGUUAAAAAAUAAUUUGUUUCUGGAAGCACAGCAACUACAACCAGUGACAUAAAUUGCAAAUUAGGCCAACAUCCAAUAAAAACUUUAGUGAAUAUAUAAAGCAGACUGGUUGUUUGAAAUACCCAUCAACAAAUACAUGUCAAUUAUAUGAAAAGAUAUACAAUGGGGAAUGGGUAAGGAAAUAGGUGGGGUGGGGAGCUGUGUGAAAAGGGGAAACGACCCCGUUUUUUACAGAAAUACGCUGAUAAAUGAAAACAAUACGCUUUUUAAAUUAUUUUUUAAACUAUUUAUCUGUGAUAUAUUUGUCUGUGAUAAAAUAUUCUCUUCUA